CAUAUAGCUGAUUUGAGUGACCAUUUUGAAUCUUUGAUUAUUAACCCUUUUCUUACGUGUUAGUUGUUAGUUGUUACCGCUAAAGGGCUAAAAACGUCUUUCCGCCAUUUUUCCUUCCGCACAUUCGUCCAGCUAUCCAAUCCUCACUGAAGAACCCAAUUCAUCUUCGUUUACUCUCUCCCAGAUUAAUCCCUCUCGACCAAAUACAGAGCCCGCCGGCCGUCCCGAAAAAUGGCAGUCACCGGAACCAAUCAAUCACCGCCUGCACUCUCAGCCACAGCUCACGACGGCGACGAUUCCCUCCCCGUCGUUCUAAUCCACCGUUUCCCAACCUUCACCGGCAGCCUUUUCCCCAGCUUGCCCACUCACUUCCGCCUCCUCGAUCUCCUCACCACUGACGCCUCGAAUCUCCAAUCCGCCACCGCAAUCCUCUGCGUCGGCCCACCGCCGCCUGUCACCCCCGAAUUCCUCGAUCGAUUUCCCUCCCUCAAAAUCGUCGUCUGCUCGAGCGUCGGCGUUGACCACGUGGACCUCCCCGAGUGCCGGCGGAGAGGCAUCGUCGUCACCAACGCCGGCUCCGCCUUCGCGGAGGACGUGGCAGACUACGCCGUCGCCCUGCUGAUUGAUGUUCUCAGGAGAGUCUCGGCCGCUGACCGCUACGUUCGGGCCGGGUCCUGGCCCGUUAAGGGAGAUUACCCGCUGGGCUCCAAGGUCAGCGGAAAACGAGUCGGAAUUCUGGGACUCGGACGCAUCGGCUCGGCGAUCGCGACUCGGCUCGCCGCCUUCGGCUGCCAAAUCCGCUAUAGUUCAAGAAAAGAGAAGCCUUCUCUGCCAUUUGCAUUCUACAAAACCGCUCUCGAUCUGGCGGCCAACAGCGACGUUCUGAUCGCGUGUUGCGCCCUGACCGACGAGACCUUCCACGUGAUCAACGGUGAAGUCAUGACGGUGUUAGGCAAGCGAGGAGUGAUCAUCAACGUCGGCCGCGGGUCGCUAGUCGACGAGAAGGAGCUCGUGGAGUUUCUGCUCCGGGGCGACCUCGGUGGCGCCGGCCUGGACGUGUUCGAGGACGAGCCCCACGUGCCCAAGGAGCUCUUCGCGUUGGACAACGUCGUGUUGUCGCCGCACAGCGCUGUGGUCACCCCAGAGUCCAUCGGAACUUUGCAGGAUGUGGUGAUUGGGAAUCUAAAGGCCUUCUUCGCCGGCCAACCUCUGAUUUCACCUGUCAUAGAUUGAUUCAACUCCACUUCGAGAUGACAAUUCAAUGCUUUUGGUUGAAUUGCGAGAAACGGGUAAUUCCCUGAUUCCGAAAUGGUGUUUCUUAUUGAUGUGGCCAAUGCAGCCUCUCUUAUUGAAAUAAGGUUUGGUGUUGUGGAAUUUGGAUUGGUUUGUGACGUGAUAUCAAAGCUCUCUUUAUUUGGUACGGCUAAAGGUCCAAUCUAGUUAGUACGCUGACAGGGGACGAGAUUGCAUUAUUUAGGGUUCUGUCAUGGCAUGCAUUGAACGACCUGAGAUCGCAAGAGAGUGACAUCGGACUCUAUCAGCUCAUCUCCUUCAGUAAAGUACCAAAAUUGUA